ACCCCUUGACCACUGAAUCCUCCAUUUCCACAAUCGCGUUGCGGGUGUCCGACAUCGCCGAUAGCUUGAUUGCUAGAAAUGUUCGUCUUGAUGCGCUUGUGACCAGCGAGGAGAGCGCCACUCUUGCCCAUGCCCUUGGCCAAUUGCAUCUGGCAGUUACAGGCCUUCGCUGCGCUCGAAAUAUAUCCCAUGGCAUCCAUCGUCUCCCGCUGAAGGUCCUGCAACGGAUCUUCACCUUGGCCGUCAUGUGUUCGAUCCUGACGGUGUGCCGCUCGUGGAGGCAAUCGGUCUAUAACUGUCCCGAGUUCUGGACGACCAUCCAGGUGUGCAAGAAGACUACCUCACGCGGCCUCUGGGGCCUCAUUGCGCGCAGCAACUCUCUUCCGAUCAAUUUGGCACUCUCUGGCUCGGACCACCUCGUUCGGUAUCUCGACGCGAGACACGAUUCACCCGGGCCCCCGAUACGGAUACGGAAUCUCCAACUAUUUGUGCGGCCACCGUCCGGCUGUAACGACUCGCCUCGGGCGCCAUGCGUUUGCGGGGACGUUCAAGACACGCAGCUGCUGCAGCGUCCCUUCUUCCAUCAGCCGGCUCCGCUCCUCGAAGGCCUGCAGCUGUUCGUAGGUGGUCCCUCCAUCUCCUCCCAGCCUCUCCCAAGGCUAUUCAAAGGCUCCGCCCCUCGCCUUUCUCGUCUGGUCUGCAUCGGCCUCUCGCCACACAUCAACAACCGCUUCGCAAGUCUGACGCACCUGUAUCUCUACGAGGGGACUGCGGCGUUCGGCGACACCCCGGACUCGGAGCUGCCGCACGACGCGCCGUUCCUGGCGUCGUUCCUCGACUUCCUGGAGGGCUCGCAGAACCUCGAGGAGCUCGUGCUCGUGCACGAUUCUUGCAGGCGCCGCGGAUGCCGGCGCUGUCGGGACGAGCCGCCGGCGCUGGCGGGGCGGCGCGUGCAUCUGCCGCGCCUGCAGCGGAUCACGUUCGACGAGGAGGCUUGGCUGGGCGCGGGACGUCUCCUCCGGUACGUCGUCCCCGCGCGGAGGGCGACCGUGCAGUCCGACUGCUCGAAGAUACGGUCGGUGAUUGGCAAUGGACACUCCAUGUACGACUUCCUGCCCGUGCUCACGAGGGACGCGGGCUUCCUGGCGCACCUCAGCGGAAUCACGAAGGUGGCGCUCUGGCUGACGAAGAACCAGCACUGCUUGAUGUGCAGCGGCCCCGAUUGCGCGCUGACGCUCAACCUCGUGCACGGGUUGAUCCCGCUUGAGAUGCACGUAGUCCAGACGCACUUUUUGACAGUGGCGCGUGCGUUCCCCACGGAGUUCGUGCGCGCGGUCGUGCGGGCGCUGGACCUGCGGGGCGUCGUGGACCUGAGCGUGCAGAUCGGCGGGGUGUCCCUCCUCGUCGCCGACGCGCGGGAUUUGUUUGCUGCCAUGCCCAAGGUGCGGACCUGCACUGUCGGGUUUGACGCGCGCGUGCACAGGAGCUUUUGGAGCAGGUGCCUCUCGAAGGCGGACGCACCCUUCCCGGAGCUGAAAACGCUGCACUUCGUGGGCGACCUGCCUGCGGGGUGGAAGCCAUGGGAGGUCCUGGGUCUCGUCAUCCGGCGGGCCAUGCGUGGUCGUCGCUUGGAGGGGGUGAAGUUCACCGCGGUUGCGAGCGAUGACUCGGAGCCUGAAUUCGUAAAAUGGAACGCGGAUGUGCUGCGAGUGGGCGGGAGACGGGUGCUUGACUAUGUCGGCUCGCUGGAGUUCGGGCGGGUAGGAGUCUCGCCGAUGGACGCUCCCGAGGUUGAUUCUUGGGAUGGAAGUUUGCUGUAGGCGGUAGAUUAAUAUGAAGAUCAUGUCUGUCGGCGUGUCUGGGAUUACAGUAGAUGUUCGGGGAGAUUUAAUGACUCUAACGUACUUACCUGCUCCGAUGUGUCCUCAGCCUAUAGUGGGUCCAUCUCGUUUGAGCUGCACCGCCCAAUGAUACGGUCAUUGAUACCUAGCAAGAGACCAUCGGUCAUCCCCUUCCGAGUUGUAUCGUGCCAUUCUGAGCCUGAGUAGGCGCCCGAGUACUGAGUCGCGAUGUGAGUGGACCAAGCAGCUUGACUGAGGUGGGAUCUCCACGGACGCGUGCAUCAUCUAAUCGUCGACUGCGAACGCAAGGCCUCAGGAACCAUGCUUGUCACUGGGCGGUCAAGCGCAGUCUGAGAUGCUGUGCGGGGCUAUCAGGCAAUACUUACGAGGCUACAAUGUUUC